GGACACAUACCUCAGAAUGCCAGGUUUAAGUUGUAGAUUUUAUCAACACAAGUUUCCUGAGGUGGAAGAUGUAGUGAUGGUGAAUGUAAGGUCCAUUGCUGAAAUGGGGGCUUAUGUCAGCUUGCUGGAAUACAACAACAUCGAAGGCAUGAUUCUUAGUGAGUUGUCCAGAAGGCGUAUCCGUUCUAUAAACAAACUUAUCCGAAUUGGAAGGAAUGAAUGUGUGGUUGUCAUUAGAGUGGACAAAGAAAAAGGCUAUAUUGAUUUGUCAAAAAGAAGAGUUUCUCCAGAGGAAGCAAUCAAAUGUGAAGACAAAUUCACCAAAUCCAAAACUGUUUACAGCAUUCUUCGUCAUGUUGCAGAGGUGUUAGAAUAUACCAAGGAUGAGCAGCUGGAGAGCCUGUUCCAGAGGACUGCCUGGGUCUUCGAUGACAAGUACAAGAGACCCGGAUAUGGUGCCUAUGAUGCAUUUAAGCAUGCAGUCUCAGACCCAUCUAUUUUGGAUAGUUUAGAUUUGAAUGAAGAUGAACGGGAAGUACUCAUUAGCAAUAUUAAUAGGCGUCUGACCCCACAAGCUGUCAAAAUUCGAGCAGAUAUUCAAGUGGCUUGUUAUGGUUAUGAAGGCAUUGAUGCUGUAAAAGAAGCCCUGAGAGCAGGUUUGAAUUGUUCCACAGAAACUAUGCCCAUCAAGAUUAAUCUAAUAGCUCCCCCUCGGUAUGUGAUGACUACAACAACCCUGGAGAGAACAGAAGGUCUCUCUGUCCUCAAUCAAGCUAUGGCUGUUAUCAAAGAAAAGAUUGAGGAAAAGAGAGGUGUCUUCAAUGUUCAAAUGGAGCCCAAAGUGGUUACAGAUACAGAUGAAACUGAACUUGCAAGGCAGCUGGAGAGGCUUGAGAGAGAAAAUGCAGAAGUGGAUGGAGAUGAUGAUGCUGAAGAAAUGGAAGCCAAAGCUGAAGAUUAACUUUGUGGAAA